AUGGUAGCUGUCUUAAGCUACAAUCGAAAAUAUUGGCUCAAUCAAUCGCAUCCUCCCCUGCCGCCUGGUCCUACUCCCCUUCCAGUACUGGGAAAUGUUCUCAGUCUUGAUUCCGCUCGGCCUUGGCUGACCUUCAAUGCCUGGAGAUCCACAUAUGGUGACAUCAUCUAUGCUCGUCUCCUCAACAAGCCUGUCAUGGUCGUUAAUUCUGAGGAGGUCGCUAAAGACCUCUUUGAACGGCGUUCAAGCAUAUAUUCAGAUAGACCCCAAUCAAUUGUUUACGAAGCUUUCGCUUCAGAUUUCAACAUGGGGUUCAUGCCAUAUGGAAACAGGUGGCGCCUUCACCGACGAAUCUUUCAUCAGGUAUUUCAUCAAGCUGCUACACCUGCUCAUCAAGCCGUGCAACUCCGUUCCGCCCACAAGAUGCUGUCCAGUCUUCUACAGGAUCCUGACAAUUAUCCAAACCAUUUUCAGAUGUUUACUUUGACAUUUAUGCUGUCUAUAAUAUACGACUGUGAAGCCAAAGCCGAGGACGACCACGUUGCCCACGCCAUUACAAAGUAUGGGGAACUUAUAGUCGAUGGUUUCGCGCCAGCUGCUAUGACAUUGAUGGAAACAUUCCCUUUCCUUUUGAAGCUACCUGCUUGGUUUCCCGGUGCCACAUUUAAGCAAGCAUCACUCAAGUGUAUCCAAGCAGGCCAUGAUGUGAAGGAGAUACCCUUUCAAUAUGUCAAAGAGAGGAUGUCUGCCAAUGACAUGAGGCCGUGCUUGGUAGCUGAUGCUUUGAACAAGACCAGUCAAGAGGACGACGUCUAUACAACUGCAGUUAAGGAGGCUGCUUCCGUUGCAUUCACAGGUAUGCAAACCACUGCCACGUUACUUGUGUUCUUUCUUGCUAUGGUGCUCAACCCGGAGGUACAAGCUAAAGCGCAGGCGGAGAUUGAUCGAGUCGUUGGCAAAGAUAGACUCCCUAAUUUCAAUGAUAGACCAGCAUUGCCUUACCUAGAGGCUGUUUUGCGUGAAACACUUAGGUGGCACCCAGUGAUUCCAAUGGGUGUUCCACACGCAACAACAACCAGUGACAUCUACAAUGGCUAUUUCAUCCCUAAAGGUGUGGCAAUGACACACGAUACAACGAAAUACCCCAGUCCUAACGAAUUCAAACCGGAAAGAUUUUUCCAAGCAGAUGGGUCUCUCAACAACGACAAUAUGCGUUUAGGCUUCGGUUGGGGUCGCCGGAUUUGUGUGGGACGGCAUGUCGUAGACGCCUCACUCUGGAUCGCGAUGGCAAAUUUCCUGGCUUUUUUCUCGGUCCACAAUGCUCUUGAUGAACAUGGAAUGGACAUCCCAGUCGUUCCGAAGUUCACCACUGGUUUCACAGUUCGUCCAGAGACAUUUCCCUGUCGCAUUCUCCAGCGAUUCCCUGAUGCAUCUUUGAAGACGCUGAUGCGUUCGACUAACAUAGGUUCGUUCUAUCGAUAA